CAACAUUGUCUGCUUCGACUACAUCCAACAUGGUCGCCAAGGCUAUGCUCGUCCUCUGUACCCUCGCACUCCUCGCCCAGAGCAUCUCCGCUCAGUGUUUGGGCACUCUGGGCCUGGGUGCUAUCAACGCCCCGUGCGCUGCUGUCGCUCCUCUGGGAAUCGGCGCUUGUGGAGCCCGGGACAUCGCCGGACCCGCUCGUGCCCUCGCCGCCUCCAACGGCCCCGGCCUCGCCAUCUCCAGCGCCUCCCCCAUCGCCCCGGUCGGCGUGUCCGUAGCCUCCGAGAACGCCAUCGAGGGCGCCCUCGCCGUCGCCGGAGCUCUGCCGUUCCUGGGCACCGUCGGUCUCGAGGGAGUGCUGCCCACCGCCGGCGCCGGUAACGUGGCCUACAACUGCGGUAACGGAGCCGUCGCCAUCACCGCGGAGGACAUCGCCGCAGCUAACGUCGGUCUCGGUAUCGGCUCCCUCGGUCUCGGAGCUGGUGCUCCCGGUCUCGGCGCCUAUCCCCUGGGUGUGGCCGGACCUCUCGGUAUCGGUGCUGGUAUCGGAAUCGGAGGCUGCGGUUGUGGCAGAAUCAUUUAAAUUGAGUAUUCACAAAAAAAGGAAUAAUCUACUGAUGAAUUAUCGCUUUUAAAUAAAUAAUUAUUCAGCA